UUCCGAUUUUCGGUUUUUGACGAGGUCGUUAGCACCAAGCACGUUGCAAGUUAGCACCCGUUUAUCUUCACAAACAGAAAGCCAGGUUAUAUCCUGUAAUAUCCUUUAUUGUUUAUUAUAACGUUGGAAGUGCGUAACGUUGGUUGAUAUUUUGUCCACCAGAAUAUUAUACAGCAGAUUUUCCGAUUUUCGGUUUUUGACGAGGUCGUUAGCACGAAGCACGUUGCAAGUUAGCACCCGUUUAUCUUCACAAACAGAAAGCCAGGUUAUAUCCUGUAAUAUCCUUUAUUGUUUAUUAUAACGUUGGAAGUGCGUAACGUUGGUUGAUAUUUUGUCCACCAGAAUAUUAUACAGCAGAUAAUUAUAAACCAGAUUCAAAAUGUUGGAUCUGACCAAUGAAGUUAUUGGAAAUAUGUGGCGAUACUGCUGCACAAGCUUCCAUAAUGGCGCUGGAAUUACUGUGCCAAUAUCCGUAUUUCUAGUAUUGAUUUCAUUAUAUAUGGCUUUCGUAUUCGACUGGACUAAAAAAAGAGAAACGAGCCUUCAAGCAAUUCCAGAAAAUUACGCCAUGAAGCUGAAUUACACUGAAGCUGUCCCAAAACAUCACACCAUGUGUAACCACCGUCUAUCCGGACGGCAUGUACUGGGCUGCGUGCAGUGUGAACAAUACGCAAAAGGUGUGAGGGUUUCCAUCACGGAUUUGAAAUACAUGAAAUUACAUUAAAUACUUUGUCUUGUAAAUACAUGUAAAAGAUGCUCCGCUAUUAGUGCCACUUUGAACAUUAGUGUCAAUAUAUUGUUGUAGAAACAUGAAGUACCCUUUUUUAAAACAUUUAAAACAAUUAGUUUCGGCCAUUUUCAAGAUCAUUUAAAGAACUUUUAAACAAGUAGUUUCGGCCUUUUGCCAUUUUCAAGAUCUUUUAAAUGCGAAACUAUUUUUUUGAAAUGUUUUUAAUAGAAGAGUACUUUAUAUUUUUAUAUUAUGUUUUUAAAAAGUAGCACAUACAAGUUAUUAUUGCAGUUCUGAUUUUUUAUAUAUGUUUAAAUACAUAUGAGAAGUCUAGAACCAAUUGAAUCAUAGUUAGAAUGGCUGACUUUUUCUGAAUUUUUUUAUGUUAAUACCUUAAUGACCUUUCGACCUUUUAUGUUUUUAAAUUUCUUGCUAUUUAUACGCAAAUUAAGAAUUUGAAUAUAGUGACUGGACUAUCUUUGAAUCUUGGAAUUUUUUCCAACUUUAAGGCUCUGCAACAGGCUAAAAAAACUUAUUACUGGUGAUAUUUUUCAAAGUUUCACAAUUUAAAUUCUACCAAGCUAACAAAGUGAAAAAGUUUACUAAGGACAUUUUUUUCUGACCAUUACUUUUUGAGAUAUGAGCGCCUAAAGUAUAAAUUAUUGGGAAACAUAAUUUCAAAUUUGGUAAGAGAUAAAUUCAUGAAAUUUCAAGGUUUAAAAUCUUCAUGGUAUCGUUGAUUAAAUAAAAAGAAAAUUUCAGUUUUUGAAAAAAUUAUUCCAUUUACAAAAAAAUGACUCAACUAAAAGUUAUUUUGGUAUUUUUUUUUGUAAAUUGAGUAACUUUCAAAAAUUGAGUAACUUUCAAAAAUUGAUAUUUUAAGGAAAUUUCAAUCAUCAAUACCAUGAAGAAUUUAUCCUGGAAAUUUCUUACCGAAUUUGAAAUGAUCUGACCAAAGGUUGAUAAUACAGGCCUUCAUAUGUCAAAAAGUAACGAUCGGGAAAAAAUGUCCUGAGUAGACUUUUAGCUUGAUAGUAUACAAAUCGGAAAACUGUGAAAAAUAUCACCGGUAAAAAGUUUUUCAGCCUACUGCUCAGCCUUCUUAAUGAAAUGAUUCAAUGGUUUGGUGGGUACAGGCAAGUUUUUGUUGUUUUUUCUAUUUUAUUUUU